AAACUUUGCUUGUAUAUUUACUAUAUAUUUUACUUGUUUCAUCAGUUCAUAAUACCACACCUAUCUCUCUUUCUCUUCACUCUUUCCCCAUGGCCAACCUCUUUAACCCUAGUUUUGUCUUUCUCCUCUCUCUCUUCCUAGCUCAUCAAGCCACUGCCACAAGCCACCACCACCAUGAUCUCAAAUCUCUCCAUUUCUCUCUCUACCAACAAGAAACGAUCAACAAGACCGGUUACAUCGUCGUAAACGGAGUAGCCGGUCCGCCCGUUGGCCAAACGACCACUCCCUUCGGCACGGUAUUCGUUUUCCGCGACCACUUAACACUAAGGGCUAAUGCUUCAUCAAAGGUAGUUGGGAUAUCAGAAGGGACCUCCAUAACUUCAGCUCUAGAUGGCCUUCAGAGCAUUUCUGUGGCCAAGAUCACACUAAAGAUGAAAGGAAUGGUUGGAUCUCUCUCUAUAUUAGGAAGUGUGCAUAACACUAGAGCCUCUAAGUUGCCAGUUGUAGGAGGAACUGAGGAUUUCAUGUUUGUUCAAGGGUAUAUUGUGUCCUCUCCAGUUGAUUUACAGGGUAUAGAUGUUACUUACAAGGUUGAGUUCCACUUAUACUGGCCUCCCUAUGCUAGCUUUGCAAAGUUUUGAGGAAUUGGAGGUGCAAAUGUAGGGAUUUUUGGUGUUUGGAGGUGAGAUCACCUAUUUUUAUUUUCAUAUAGUUAGUUUUUUGUUUGAUCUCUCUACUUUUGUCUAUGUUUUUCUUUAAUAAAUCUUUUGAGAUACGUUAUUUAUA